UGAGCCCGGAGGACGGAGAGAAGCGGCCGUACCACGGAUCUGCAGACGCGGAGCGAAAUGCACCCGCGGCGCUCCGCGGUCCUGCAGCCCCGCCGCGGCCCCGCGGCCCGCAGCCCACCGGGGCGGCAGUGAGCGCCUCCCGCCUCCGCUGGGGACCGACCGGAGGGAGCUGUUCGCGGCCGUGCUUUUCUAGGAACGGAGACCGACCUGCGAGCAGCAGAGCAGCAGAGCAGCAGCCCGGCGGCGCGCAUGGAUUUAUGAAAACACUCAUGCCAGAAGUUGGCAGGACUGGGACAAACUUUUUCCCCGGCUCCGCGUCCGCCGCCGCCGCUCCCCGCGCCUCCUCGUCGUCGUCUCCUUCCCCCUCCUCCUCCUCGCCCGGCGGCCGCCGCUGCUGCCCGCGAUGGUGGCCGGACUGCUGGGCGGCGGCAGCGGCGGCGGCGGCGGCCGGACCCGCGGGGGCACCGUGCCGGGCGCCUGGCUGUGCCUGAUGGCGCUGCUGCAGCUGCUGGGCUCGGCGCCGCGGGGCUCGGGGCUGGCGCACGGCCGCCGCCUCAUCUGCUGGCAGGCGCUGCUGCAGUGCCAGGGCGAGCCGGAGUGCAGCUACGCCUACAGCCAGUACGCCGAGGCGUGCGCGCCGGUGCUGGCGCAGCGCGGCGGGGACGAUGCGCCGGGAGCCGCCGGUGCCGCCGCCUUCCCGGCCUCGGCGGCGGCUUCCUUCUCCUCGCGCUGGCGCUGCCCGAGCCAUUGCAUCUCGGCCCUCAUUCAGCUCAACCACACGCGCCGCGGGCCCGCGCUGGAGGACUGUGACUGCGCGCAGGACGAGAACUGCAAGUCCACCAAGCGCGCCAUCGAGCCGUGCCUGCCCCGGACCAGCACCGGCACCGGCGGCGGCGGCGCGGGCGGCGCGGGGGGCCCCGGCGCGGGCGGGGUCAUGGGCUGCACCGAAGCCCGGCGGCGCUGCGACCGCGACAGCCGCUGCCACCAGGCGCUCGGCCGCUACCUGACCCACUGCGGCAAGCUCUUCAACGGGCUGCGCUGCACCGAGGAGUGCCGCGGCGUCAUCGAGGACAUGCUGGCCGUGCCCAAGGCGGCGCUGCUCAACGACUGCGUGUGCGACGGCCUGGAGCGGCCCAUCUGCGAGUCCAUCAAGGAGAACAUGGCCCGCCUGUGCUUCGGCGCCGAGCUGGGCACCGGCCCCGGCAGCAGCGGCUCGGACGGCGGCCUGGAUUACUACGACGAGGAGUACGACGACGAGCAGCGCCCCGGGGGCGCGGGCGGCGAGCAGCCGCUGGACGACGAUGACGGCGGCGGCCUCCCGCACCCCGCGCGCCCGGGGGGCGGCGCUGCUGCGGCGGGCGGCGGCGGGGAGCUGCCCUACGGGCCCGGGCGCAGGAGCGGCAGCGGCGGUGGUCGCCUGGCGCCCCGAGGCGCCUGGACCCCGUUGGCUUCCAUCUUGCUGCUGCUGCUGCUCCUCCAGCUGCUGUUUUAGCCCUCGUGCCCGCCCCCGCCAUCGGCUGCGGGGAGAGCCCGCGCCAGGCAGGGCACCUGUAGCUUGGGGACAGAAGGGAUGGUUGGUUGGGGAUCAUUGCCAAAACGUUUUUCCUAGCCGGUCUCCCCGCCAUAACGGUUGGCACUUGCCCCGUCUCCUCUCCAGAGCACGACUUCUUGGACAUCUUUUCUUUCCCCCCUCAUUCCAGGCUCCAGAAACUCCCAAUGCAGCUAGAGUUCUGGACACCUGGCAUGGAACGGGGUGGGGGCUGGGGGGCUAACGGAGGGUAGUGGGGUGAAGAACCACAGUCCUGGACUCCAAAGAGGUGCUGACCAAUGGGGCCUUAAUAGUUUCAAGGGACUGGGCUUGGAGCAGGGGGAUUUCUAUUUGCAAAGAGGCUGUCUUGUUCAUGAGCAUUUUUCCUGUGUGGAGGGGUGGGGAGGAAGGGCCGGCAUUGACUUUGAUUGUGGCCGGUGAGGACAUGGCAAUCUUCAGUCAUCAGAGAAGUCCCACUUACCUGUUUGAUUCCUUUACUCUUGGUGCCAGCGCCCUGAAUUCUCGGUUUUGGGGCGGGAGGUGGGAAGGGGUUAAUAAUCCUGAAUUAGUUUUGGGGGGUAACUUGGAGCCUUUGACCUUGAUUUCAUUUACACCACUCUGCUCUCUCUAGCACAUUUCUUAUAAUUAAGGGUCAACAAGUGCUGAUCUAAAGAGCUGCUAGUGAUAUGGAAACAAUGCAAGUUUGUGUUAUAUGAGCUCUGCACUGCCAUCUAUGAAAGCCUCUUUAUGAUGUCUGUUGUGUUGUCUUUUUUGUUGUUGUUGUUCUUUACAUCAAGGAGUUGUAUGUACAAAUAUGCAGAGAACAUAUAUUGCUUCUGCUUUUAUCAGGGUGCUAAACCCUGGUACUUUUAUAUAAAGUGUAUUAAAACUGGGGUUUGUUACCAGUUGCUGUACCUUGUAUAUAGAAUUUUUAUAAAUUGUAUGCUUCAGAAAUAAUUUAUUUUUAAAAAAGAAAUUAAAAACUUUAAAUCUGCAUUCAUAUCACACCUGUUCUCCCUGAAAUGUAUAGAAGCCAUCAGGGAUCCAAAUCAACAGUCCAUUGUGAAGUGUGCUCUUAAUCUAGGACAGUCAGUCUUAAAAUGUACAGUGUAUUUUAGAGAUUUGAAGUUAACAUUCUUAUUUUCAAGAGAAUUUAUGGACAUUGUAGAAAUGUAUAAAUGCAUUUCCAAACUGCCUUAAACAUUGUAUUUUUAUAGACAUCGUUUUUUUAAAAAAAAAAAUCUUAAAUUUUAAGUAA